AUGGCCUGCAACAGCAUCUGCCGUCCCUGCGGACCCACCCCGCUGGCCAACAGCUGCAAUGAGCCCUGUGCCCUGCAAUGCCAGGAUUCCCGUGUCAUCAUCAACCCUUCCCCUGUGCUGGUCACCCUGCCAGGACCCAUCAUGACCUCCUUCCCCCAGAACACCGCCGUCGGAUCCACCUCCUCCGCUGCUCUGGGCACUGAACUCAAUGCCCAGGGACAGCCCAUCUCUGGUGGAUUUGGCUUUGGCCUUGGCUAUGGCCGUGGAUUUGGCUAUGGGCUGGGCUGCUAUGGCAGAAGGGGCGGCUACACCUGCUAA